AUGGCUCCGGCUGGGCCCCGAUCCGGCGACGCAAUCUUCGCUAGCGUCGAGCGCGUGAAUGCAGAGCUGUUCACGCUUACGUAUGGCGCGAUUGUGAGGCAGUUGCUGACAGAUUUGGAGGAGGUUGAUGAGGUCAACAAGCAGCUGGAUCAAAUGGGCUAUAACAUUGGGAUUCGGCUUGUUGAUGAGUUCCUGGCGAAAUCUAAUGUCUCUAGAUGUGUGGACUUCAAGGAGACUGCUGAAGUAAUUGCAAAGGUGGGUUUUAAGAUGUUCCUUGGAGUUGGUGCUUCUGUAACCAACUGGGAUGCUGAAGGGACAUGCUGCAGCAUCGUUUUGGAAGAUAAUCCUCUGGUGGACUUUGUCGAACUUCCUGAUACUUGUCAAGGCCUUUACUACUGCAACGUUUUGAGUGGAGUCAUCAGAGGAGCCCUAGAAAUGGUAUCCAUGAAAACAGAAGUCACAUGGCUUCGCGAUGUGCUCCGGGGCGACGAUGUGUUUGAAUUGCAGGUUAAACUUAUAAAGCAAGUUCCAGAAGAGUACCCAUACAAGGAUGAUGAGUAA